CGAGUUGUUCCCACCCCGCAUCACCAUGGAAGAAAAGCCUACUUGAUCUUCUUCUUAUCUAUAUAUCUUAAAUUAUAUUAUGCUACUUGAUAUAUCAAUCGUUGUACAGUACGUAUCAGCUUAUAUACUCAUAUAUUUAUAACUCCAACUUUAUGAUUGAUCAGGAAUUGUAGGAAUAGGAAUAACCACCAUGAACCAAGACGAACAACAACAGAAACUUGACCACUUGAAAGGCCAAAACAGGCUUCCGAAAUUCGCUAUCCCUCAUCGUUACGACUUAACUCUUAAACCAAAUCUUGAACUAUGCACCUUCUCAGGCUCUGUAGUUGUUCAUGUAUCUAUCUUAGAUUCCACACAGUUUCUCGUCUUGAAUUCGAUAGAUCUUAUUAUUCAAGAAACGUCUUUCACUGACUCCAAGAACCGUAAAGUGGUUCCUAGUGAAGUUUUGGUGGAGAGUGAUGAUGAGAUACUUGUGUUGGCUUUCGACGAGGCUCUUAGUGUGGGAGACGGCGUUUUGGCGAUCAACUUUAAUGGACUUCUUAAUCAGCAUAUGAAGGGUUUCUACAAAGGGACUUACGUUGACGGAGGAGUAAAAAAGAAUAUGGCAGUGACUCAAUUUGAACCUGCUGAUGCACGCAGAUGUUUUCCAUGCUGGGAUGAGCCCGCCCUUAAGGCCACGUUCAGAAUAACAGUUGGCAAUGUACCAUCAGAGUUGACUGCAUUAUCCAAUAUGCCCGUCUCCGAGGAGUCGUUGGAUGCUGAGUUUAAGACAGUUUGCUUUGAGGAAUCCCCAAUUAUGUCAACUUACUUGGUGGCUAUAGUGGUUGGUUUGUUUGAUUACAUUGAAGAAAUGACACAUGAUGGAAUCAAGGUUCGCGCAUACUGUCCUGUUGGUAAGAGUGAGAAGGGAAGGUUAGCUUUAAGUAUAUCAGUCAAAUCAAUCGAACUCUAUACAAAGUAUUUCGCGAUGCCUUACGCACUUCCCAAGCUAGAUAUGGUUGCUGUUCCUGAUUUCCCGGGGGCUAUGGAGAAUUAUGGGCUGAUCACCUUUUGUGAAUCUGAGAUGCUCCACGAUGAUUUGCAUUCAGCGGCAGCUAACACACAAAGACUUUCAAUAGUUGUAACACAUGAAGUUGCGCAUCAAUGGUUUGGGAACUUGGUAACAUUGGAAUGGUGGACCCAUCUAUGGCUCAAAGAAGGUUUUGCAACAUGGGUAAGCUAUUUAGCAACUGAUAACUUAUUUCCCGAAUGGAGAAUUUGGAGACAGUUCCUUGAAAAGACUGCUGGCGGUCUCCGGUUAGAUUCAUUGGAGCAGUCACACCCAAUCGAGGUAGAAGUAGGCAAUGCUAGCUCGGUGCUGGAAGUGUUUGAUGCAAUAAGCUACAACAAAGGAUCCUGUCUUGUUCGUAUGCUAAACGAGUAUCUUGGUGCUGACAUUUUUCAGAAAUCACUGAGGUCUUACAUCAAAAAGUACGCAAACAAAAGCACAAGGACAGAGGAUUUAUUGAGCGUUCUUUCAGAGGAGUCCGGUGUUGAAGUAAACAAACUUAUGGAUAUAUGGACCAAGCAAACUGGGUUUCCUCUUAUAUAUGUUAAACUUGAAGAUUCCACUUUGGAGUUUGAGCAGACUCGGUUUAUGUCAUUAGGACUGCAAGGUGAAGGUCAAUGGAUAGUUCCAAUAACUUUAUCAGUGGGAUCAUACAGAAACAGCAAAAACUUUUUUUUGGAAACGAAGAUGGGAAAAUUGGAUGUUUCGGACCUUUAUCAUUCUUAUCCCUCAAGCUCACACUCAAAUGGCAAUACGAAUCAAGAAGUGGCUGAGAAAUUGUGGGUCAAAGUGAAUGUUGGGCACACUGGCUUUUAUAGGGUUAACUAUGAUAGUGUACUCACGUCUAGAUUGAGGAAAGCCAUAGAAGACAAAUGUUUGUCACCUGAAGAUAGAUUUGGCAUAUUGGAUGAUACGUAUGCCCUCUGUGAGGCUGGUGAAGAGUCAAUAUUGUCUCUUAUUUCCCUGAUAGAUCUGUAUAGAGAGGAUCUUGAUUACCUAGUGUUAUCAAGACUUAUCAGCGCUUGUUAUAAUACUUCAAAGAUAUUGAAAGAUGCUAUAUAUGAUCCUUGGAAUCAUAUGAACCAGUUCUUUAUCGAUCUCAUUUUAUCACCCGCGGAGAAAUUAGGCCUGGAACCUGUAUUAGGGGAAAGCCAUUUAAAUACGAUGUUGAGGGAAGAAGUUUAUAUGGCCUUGGCUACUUUUGGCCAUAAAGAGACCCAUGAAGAACUAAAGAAGCGAUUUCAUAAAUAUGCAAAUGAUAAAAACACAUCAGUGUUUCCAGUUGAUAUCAGAAAGGCUGCUUACAUUUCUAUUAUGAGAACUUCAAGUGCUCUUGAUAGACACGAGGUCGAUUCCCUACUAAAGCUAUAUAGAGAAGUCGAUGCAGUUCAAGAAAAACAAAGAAUUCUGAGUUGUAUAGCUUCUUCUCCUGACCCAGAUUUAGUCAUAGAGGUUUUGAACCUCAUGUUUACAGAUGAGAUUCGGGAACAAGACAGGGGAUUUGUAACUGCUAGAAUAAGCUUGGAAGGCCGAGAAACAGCAUGGAUAUGGUUAAAGGAGAACUGGGAUGUGAUAAUAAAACGGUGGGGUCAAGGGAUGAUGUUUCCUCAUUUCGUUAGACAUAUCGUGACAGCGUUUAGCAGCCAUGAUAUGGCAGAAGAGGUGGAAGACUUUUUCAGCAGCUGUGUGACUCCUUCAUUUGCCAUGAAUUUGAAGCAAAGCAUUGAACAGAUCCGAAUAAAAGCCAAAUGGAUUGAAAAAGUUAAGCAAGAGCAACCCCUUAUACCUAAAUUAGCAAGAGGAUUGACCAGAAAUCCAAUGAGCACAUAGCAACAAUACCCAAACCAUCGGUUUCAAUUCCUGCACCUCUUCUUGGCUACAGGGUAUACCAUAUAUAUUGGUUCAUUACGUAAGGGUGUGCUGUGGUCACUGAGUCUAAUUAGUUGAAUCAGUUAGCGUAUACUCAGUUGGCGCAAGUUGUUUUGAGUUAAGUCUCAUAUAGAGACACAAGAAGUACAUUACAAUGGGGGCAACGAAUAUUUAGUUACAUAUACAUGCAAGUCAAUGUAUUUUGCACAAAAAAUGUGACUCUUUGUGUCUAGUAAUAAAAAGAUUGGUAAGUUUAAGAGUAA